UAAUGUCAGCCAAACUAUGUCAAAUAUGUAGGUAUAGAAACAUUUCAGAAGCAAAGUAGUAUUGUUUAAAAUAAUUCUACUUAUUUACCUUAUAAAAUCCUCCGAAAUAAUAUUGUGUAAUCUCAUAUUGUGAAUUUUGAUUAAGUUUGUGAGUAAAACGAAAAAUCGAUUGUUUAAAAUGGACUCGUACGAAAGUGUGAUACUUGUUAAGAAUGAGGUGUUCGUUUUUAAGAUCCCACCAAGAACUUCAAAUAGAGGGUACAGGGCAGCAGAUUGGAAUUUACAAGAGCCUCAAUGGACGGGGCGGAUGCGUUUGGUUGCGAAAGGCGAUGAGUUGAUAAUGAAGUUGGAGGACAAAACAACUGGAGAGUUAUUUGCGAAAUGUCCUAUUGAUAAAUACCCGGGCCUGGCGUUAGAAUCUGUAACUGAUAGUUCCAGAUAUUUUGUAGUUAGAAUCCAAGAUGACAAUGGGCGAAGUGCUUACAUAGGCUUAGGCUUUGGUGAUAGAUCAGAUUCUUUUGAUCUUAACGUUGCAUUACAAGAUCACUUCAAAUGGCUAAAGAAAGAACAAGAAGGUGAACAGUCUCAGCAGCAAAAUCUUGAUCUGGGCUUCAAAGAUGGAGAAACCAUAAAAAUCAACAUGAAGAUUACUAAAAAGGAUGGCAGUGAAGGCAGUCGUCCAAAGCGUACGGGCGCUGCAUCUGUGGGUGGCUUGUUGCCUCCGCCCCCGGGCGGCUCCCGUCUGCCCCCGCCGCCUUCGCCGCAGCACGCGCCCGCCCCUCCUGUCCCUACCCCUGCUAGUACCAACUCCGAAUGGGGUGACUUCAAUUCAGCAAGUGCCACCAAUCAGAAGCCGGUGACGCCCGCCAAUCAACAGAACUGGGUGCAAUUUUAAAGGAAUUUUGACAUUAGGAAGUUAUUGUGAUUUGUUGUCUGUAUACUUAAGGCAGGUUAGUGUGUUGCACAAUACUUACAGAAUACUUAAUGUUAAAAGACUUUUAAAUUGUAUGUUCAAUCAAUAUAGUUGAAAUAUAUAACCAAUAUGUCAUUGCUAGAUACAUAAUAAUGAAAUAUAUGAAAAAAUUAUAUAUCUGUA